AUGUCCAAUCCAAAAGAUGCAUUUCAGGAACUUGUCCGCAUCUUCUCUUCUAGGGACAACCAAGUCCUAGAGAUCGAAAUCAUUCCACCAAGUCUUUGUGCUACAUUCCUCCAAGAUGGAUGCUCACUGGGAAUAACCAAGAAAGCUCUAGUGCAGGCCUUCACGGUCGCGCGCCAGCUCUUCUUCGACCGAUUAUUGCCCAUGUCCGAAGAUGAUCUCCAAGCCACCUUCGCUACGAACGCAGAGUCCAGAAAUAAAGACUCAGCUAUCACAGAAAUGAUGCUUCUCUUUGACUGCGAGCAUAUUACAGCCUGCAACUGGCGCAAGCGCCGAAUGCGGGCAGCUAUGGCUCAUUACUCUGAUAUUUCAAACCAGACCUCGACCGCAAUGGACUUGUUAGAAGCCGAACUCACGCUCAUGUCAAGCUAUCAAUGCUCGCCACUUCAUCGUCAUACCAAGUCGCCGACGCUAUGGAAUCACCGACUGUGGGUUAUUGCCCAUCUACUUCAAAGGCGGCAUUGGAGUCCGGAGGAUCUGUUUGAGCUGCAAUUGGCGGAACUGGCUGUUGUUCUCCGCGCUGGUGAGCUGCAUCCUAAGAAUUAUUAUGCUUUCAACUAUAUGCGGCAAUUGGAUGUGCUUCUCGCUGAUCUAGUGGGCAAGACGACUGGUCACUCAGCAUGGGAACCCCGUACCGCGCAGUCGGUUGUCGAACGGAUGAUUGAUUGGUGCUUGGCUAAUCCACGCGAUAUAUCGGGUUGGAGCUUUGGGCUCUACGUGUUGAACAAUACCUUGGAGCAACAUAUUCGAGUGAAAGUUCUCGAGAGAGUCGUUAAGUUUGCGCUUAAUGUCGGAUGGGAAGGUGAGAGCCUUUGGACGUUUGUCGACCAAGCAUCAAGGCAGUUCGGACUUGAAAGCGUGGUUGAGCAUACCAUGCGGUUACACUGCGAUCAAGGAACCGGAAUUCGUCAUUUCCAAAUGGUCAGAGACAGUCGACAGAAGAAGUCAUGGCAGAACUGGCUGGCCCAGGCGAAAGUAUGUUGGGCUGUAGACGGCCAAGGGCGGAACAAGUGA